GUGGUAGUGUAAUUACAGAGUGUAUAGCAGACCUGCUCCACUCCGUACCAAGCCUGCCACAUCACUAUGGACACAACGGAAUAUAAGACGUCCUUAACCGUUGUUACCCUCUUCAGCGUCCUGUCGAUAUGCUGGUGUGCCCCUCAACGGUUCUGCCAGCCUGGAGACCACAAUUCGGGAAGAUGCAACAACGGUCCAGAUGAAGUCAAACCCGCAGUGUGUUCAGAGAUUAACCUGGGUUACUGCAACGACCUGGACUACUCCAGGACCAUCUUCCCUAACAUCCUAGGUCAGCAGUCUCGUCACGAGGUGGAGUCUGGAGCUGAGUACCUCCUCCUCUCUGUGAUCCACGGUCUCCUCAACGGGGAGUGUUCCCCCGACAUCCGUCUGCUGGGGUGCUCCGUACUCGCCCCACGCUGCCAAGACCUACCCAGCCCCGCACCUGUCAAGUCAUGCCGCAGUGCAUGUGAGGCGGUGAGGAAGGGGUGUGGCCACGCGUUCGAGGGCAUCGACAUGGCGUGGCCUUACUUCCUAGACUGUGACCGAUUCUUCGCCGGCGAACAGGAAGGCUGUCACGACCCGUUGGCCCCGUUAAGAGCUAGACAUGAAGUGGCUUUCUCCAACCUGUCUCCAGACGAACCCUCCACCAUCAUUCAGUUCACGUACCACUCCAACGCCCAGAUGUACAGCGUUCUGAAGAGGACUGCUGCCAAGUGCUCUCACAUCUCCCGCACCUACAGUAUCGGACGCAGCACAGAGGGGAAAGACCUCCUGGCCAUAGAGUUCACAGACAACCCCGGAGGGCAUGAACUGUUGGAACCGGAGAUCAAGCUGGUUGGCAACAUGCAUGGCAAUGAGGUCCUGGGUCGUCAGCUGCUGCUCUACCUGGCACAGUACCUGUGUUCCGAGUAUCUCCUUGGCAACCAGCGUAUCCAGACGCUCGUAAACACCACGCGCAUCCACAUCCUGGCAUCCAUGAACCCCGACGGUUACGAGCUGGCGGCCGCCGAGGUAGAGGAUAGGAACGACCCGGAACAACAACCACACCACAACCAGGAAGGUCACGAGCUCAACGGUUGGACGGUGGGUCGCACCAACGCUCAGAACCUAGACUUGAACCGGAACUUUCCUGACCUUACGUCCAUCCUCUACCGGAAUCGCAGGAUCAAACGGUUCCGCACAGACCACAUCCCCAUCCCAGACUCUUACUGGUUUGGUAAGGUAGCUUCAGAGACCUAUGCAGUGAUGAAGUGGAUCAGGUCUGUGCCAUUUGUCCAGUCUGCGAGCCUCCAUGGUGGAGAGCUGGUGAUCUCCUAUCCCUUUGACUUCUCUAGACACCUCCAUGAAGAGAGGAUGUUCUCCCCUACACCUGAUGAACAGGCAUUUAAGCAGCUGGCCAGGACAUACGCAGACUCUCACGCCAGCAUGGCCGACAACAACACAGACAGAUGUGGAGCGUCCUUCAUCCGGAGCGGAGGCAUCAUCAACGGGGCUCUGUGGUACAGCUUCCCAGGGGGCAUGUCAGACUUUAACUACCUCCACACUAACUGCCUGGAGAUUACGGUGGAGCUGGGCUGUGACAAGUUCCCUUCUGAAGAGGAGCUCUACCCAGAGUGGCUCAGGAACAAGGAGGCCUUGCUCAGUUUCAUGGAGUCGGUCCACAGAGGUAUUAAGGGAGUGGUGAAGGAUGAAGAGGGCUAUGGAAUAAAGGGAGCGUCCGUAUCUGUCAGGGGGAUUCGUAAAGAUGUCACCACAGCGGAGGAAGGUGAUUACUGGAGGUUAAUGAACUCAGGAACACACAUCAUAACAGCAUCAGCUAAAGGUUACUCCAAAGUCAGCAAGAGAAUUUACCUGCCUGCUCACAUGGAAAAAGCUGGGCGGGUCGACUUCGUGCUCAAAAAGGUCCCUGUUCAGCCAGUAGGACCAGACUACCACCUGUUCCUCAGCUCCUCCCUGGACACUUAUGAGCGCUUCGACCCUUACAACCACUUCCAGAGCUACAGCCGCUCCGAGCCGGGAGAACCGAGGGAACCCAGGGAACCGAGGGAACCCAGGGAACCGGGGAUGGGAGGAGAACCGGGGAUGGGAGCAGAGGAGCAGGAGAAGCCGUGGUGGUGGAACUACUUUACUCAGGCAGGAGUCUCUGCUCCCACCUGGCUGCUACGGAACCACUAGAAGACUGGACAGGAGAAAGACUGAAACGGCACACUAUUCCCUUAUUCCCUAUUCCCUUAUUCCCUCACACUAUUCCCUUAUUCCCUAUUCCCUUAUUCCCUCACACUAUUCCCUUAUUUGGUGCACUACAUUUGACCAAAGCCCAAGUGCAUUGUGGGGCGGCAGGGUAGCGUAGUGGUUAUAGUGUAGGAGAGGCAAGAUAGCCUAGUGGUUAGAGCGUUGGACUAGUAGCCGAAAGGUUGC